AAGAUGCUGCCGACACUUAUUUCCAAACCAACUUUGUUGAUUAGGCUCGGAAUCAGGUUCAGCUUCGGCCACUUUCCAAACCUCCUCCUCCUUCUACUUCUCAGUUUCUCUACUAAAACUCACUUGCUUCCUCUACUCAUUAAGCAAAAAAAAAAAAAAAAAAGAAGUCCCAUGCAAAUGAGAUUAUUUUGACAUUUAUGAACAACUAAGAAUUUGCUGUGUAAUUCAGUUGUAGAUUAUAUUUUUUUCUGUUCGGAAAAAAUGUUGCACGCAAAAUCUGAAUCAGAUAUAACAAGUUUAGCACCAUCAUCGCCGUCGAGGUCACCAAAGCGACCAGUGUACUACGUACAGAGUCCUUCAAGAGACUCACAUGAUGGAGACAAAACAUCCAUGCAACCAACACCAAGCUUCAAUAGUCCAAUGGAAUCUCCAUCACAUCCAUCAUUUGGCAGACACUCAAGGAAUUCAUCAGCAAGUAGGUUUUCGGGGAUAUUUAGGUCGUCUUCUGGUCGGAAAAAUGGUCGGAAAAGGAAUGAUAAAGGGUGGCCAGAAUGCAAUGUGAUUUUGGAAGAAGGUAAGUAUGAUGAAUUGGAUGAGGAAGAGGGAUUAACGAGGAGGUGUCAGGCUUUGCUUGCUCUUUUGGGGUUUGUUGUUUUGUUCUCUAUAUUUUGCUUAAUCAUUUGGGGUGCUGGAAGGCCUUACAAAGCUCAGAUUACUGUCAGGAGUUUAGCUGUGAAUAACUUCUACAUCGGUGAAGGUUCGGAUUUCACUGGAGUUGUAACCAAGAUGAUGACGGUGAACGGGUCAUUGAGAAUAAGUGUGUACAAUCCUGCCACGUUCUAUGGCAUUCAUGUUACUUCCACCCCCAUCAAUCUCAUCUAUUCAGACAUCGUCGUUGCUACUGGUCAGCUGAAGAAAUAUUUUCAACCUAGGAAGAGCAGGCGGACCGUGUUAGUUAACAUAGAAUCAACAAAGGUUCCCUUGUAUGGAGCUGGAUCAGGUCUUGAUGCAGCAACUAACGGCGGAUUUAAAGUUCCGUUAAAGUUGGAAUUCGAAGUAAGGUCGCGUGGAGAUGUGGUGGGGAAAUUGGUUAGAACAAAGAACAAAAAGGAAAUCUCAUGUGACUUGGUCAUUGACUCUACUAGCACAAAACCCAUCAAGUUCAAGAAGAAUUCUUGUGUUUACAGCUGAAGAAGAUAUGAUCGUUUGCUUCAUUUUCAGUUUGUGUGCAGAGAGUUUCUGUAGAAUUCUCUUCUUAGUAAAGUUCAUUUUCCCACUUUGGGUGUGACAGGCUUCUGUAAAAUUUCUCUUUUUAGUAAAGUAAGUCCAAUUUUGAGAACACCACAUGUAUCAUGCGAAUAAAAUAGCCUUUCUCAGUAGUAUUUACAAUGUGAAAAUUGCUGGCUGUAAGUUGAAUUGUACAUAUGUAAGUUUGAACUUAUGAAUGAUCAAAGUGUAUUCCCCA